UUACGUACGCACACUCGAUUUGAUGUUCGCGGCGAUUGGACGCGUUCGUAGAACUGUGCUCGAAAGUUUUCGAUAUUGGCUGAAUGACACAGUACCUUGGACAGUGAUGAAAUUUAUUAAAACAAACAACGACAUUUCAGAAUUCUAAUUUUGAAUAACUUUCCCGCUUUUUUGUGACUGAAGAUUUAAAAAGUGUUGUGUUUCGAUAUCCAUUGAGUACUUUUUCGCUUGGAGAAAUUUCUGCGGCUAAUUUAAUCACUCCUCAGGACUCGAUUAAAUUACCCGGAAUAUUUCCAGAAAUAUUUCAACUCUGCAACGAUCUACCUGACAUGGUGAAGUGAAAAUGGCGACCACAACCAUGGUAGUGUCACCGUUGGCCACACAAUCUUCGCCCAAAAACAAGAGGAGGCUGUUUGCAGAAGCUAGGCAGAACAGUUUGCAGAAAUUGAGCAUAAUUUUCGAUCACGGACUUAAAAACAGCAAUGGUGGCGAGACGACGUGGUGUUUUAGCCAGGUGAAAGGCACCCUGGAAGAUGACGUCACGGAGGCUGACCUGAUCUCUUGCGUUGAAUUCAACCAUGAUGGAGAACUUCUCGCCACUGGUGACAAAGGUGGCAGAGUUGUUAUAUUUCAGAGGGACCCAGCGUCAAAGCAAUGUGUUCCUAAAAAGGGCGAGUACAAUGUGUACUCUACGUUCCAGUCUCACGAGCCCGAAUUCGACUAUCUCAAGUCUCUCGAAAUCGAAGAGAAGAUCAACAAGAUUCGGUGGCUCAAGAGAAAAAAUCAGGCACACUUUCUACUCUCCACCAAUGACAAGACUAUUAAAUUAUGGAAGGUAUCAGAGCGCGAUAAGCGUGUGACAGGCUACAACACGCGCGAGGAGGGGGGCCGCCCGCGCGAUCCUUCGCGGAUCACACAACUCCGCGUGCCCACUGUGCGCCCAGCCGAACUCAUGGUUGAGGCAUCACCUAGUAGUAAUUGUAAUUCGGCAGGUACGAUACGCCUGUGCGACAUGCGCGCCGCGGCGCUGUGCGACCGGCACGCGAAGCUGUUCGAGGAGCCCGAGGACCCGCACGCGCGCUCCUUCUUUUCAGAGAUCAUCUCCUCUAUAUCCGAUGUCAAACUCUCCAACAGCGGCAGAUACAUGAUGUCGAGAGAUUACUUAGGUUUAAAAGUAUGGGAUCUUAGGAUGGAAACAAAACCUGUAGAAACAUAUCCAGUACACGAGUACCUCCGGUCGAAGCUGUGCUCGUUAUACGAGAACGACUGCAUCUUCGAUAAGUUCGAGUGCUGCUGGAGUGGCGACGAUCAGCGUCUCAUGACCGGCUCUUACAAUGGUUUCUUUAGGCUGUUCGAGCGCGGCACGGGCGGCGCGCGGCGCGGCGAGCUGACGCUGGAGGCGUCGCGCGACGCCGCCGCCAGGCCGCGCCAGCCGCUGCGCGCGCGCCGCGUCGCCACCACCGCCAAGAGAAAGAAGGAUGAGAUUAGCGUGGACUGCCUGGAUUUUAACAAGAAAAUCCUGCACACGGCGUGGCACCCCCACGAGAGCAUCAUCGCCGUGGCCGCCACCAACAACCUUUUCAUCUUCCAGGACAAGUUCUAGCCACCGCCAAUGCCGGCCCUGGGGGACGCACAUGUAUCCUGAUACCCAAACAAAUUACAGGACCGCAUUCAGGUUCCAUUCCACGUAUCAUGUAAUUUUCAAAAUGGUGUCCCAUUUCCAUUUCGAAAGCGCGGAUUUAGGGUCGUG